AUGGAGAGCAUCAUUGCACUCUUGAAGUCCCCUUCGACAUCCUUACCAUCAUCCACCGUCUCUGGUCCCAUCGUCAAAGAAUCGACCGCCACACCUGAAGCAAUCGAACCAGUGCACCUCGAUCCUCGCAAUACCAUGACUCCGCGGACCUCAAACCUCGAAGCUCUACCUGCUGAGAUUAUCAGUCACAUCCUCGCCUUCCUCCCUCCUGCUUCCCUCGCCAGCUUGUCACGCACUUGUGGUCUCCUACGCUCCCACGCCCUCAAUGAUCUUCUAUGGAUGCCAUUCGUUCGGAAUAACGUACCUGGCUCUGGCGCUCUCGAGUCUCCAUCGCCAGCGAAGAGCUGGAGAGAGGUCUACAUUGCCAAUCAUCCCUACUGGUUCUUGGUCCAGAACAAGAUAUGGUUUGCCGAUGUCCCCAACAACGGGCUGUUGAUACUGGCACGUUACAAUAGUCAAAAUGGUUGCAUCGAGGCCUUUCGGCUUCUUGCAGAGCAUGGGGCUCAUACUUAUGAGACAUGGGCGCACAACCGUGAGGUUAUCAUUCACACCUUCAACCCUAGGGUCAGGCUGUGGCUCGAUGAUCCAGUGAUCAAGCUUGGUUUUAACACAGGUAUCCAUUACAAUGACAACCGGUUGCAGAAGGAAGUUGCCAUGCAGACGGGAACAACGCACGGCAUCUGCUCAAUGAUAUCUCUCUGCCGGCCAAUCCCCAAAGCCCUACAAACCACCGCCAUGGCGCUUUGGCCACCUGCUAACAUUCCCGCGAAAGACCGAGUACGCAAUGAAUCUGCAACCAAGUUCCGAACAGAGGAACAUCGGCCUCAGACGUUGGAUCUCAUGAGUGACCGAACCUUCAGAAUACGGAAAUGGCUGGAGUUUUCCAAUUUGAUACAGCCUUUGAACGCAGUGCGGAUGGCAGAGGAAGUCAUGACUUUCAGUACGCUGCUUGAGGAGUCUUACAUGCCUACUAAGGAAAAGCCGUGGCAGGGGAUUUGGGUUGGAGACUAUUCGGGCCACGGCUGCGAGUUCCUACUCGUGUUACAGCGUGAUGUUGAAUCGCCCAUGGCCCUUUCUAGGACACCAUCGACAGGCUCCUUGCCGCAAGGCAUGGCUAUGGCAAUGGCUGAUGCCGAUAUGGGGCUGCAAGACCCAGACCGUGUCCGGCGUUCAGCGGAAGCUAUAGAGAGCCAGAUUUUGGUUCCUUCGGACCAUAUUGUGGAGACUGGAGGCCCCUCUACACGGCAACCAAUGGAAGAUUUUGGGAAUGGGUUUGACAAAGAAGCGCAAGGAACCACAACGACUCAGGAUGAUAGCCUUGCACACCCAGACGCUCAAGCCUCAGCUGCGGAAGGCCCUUCGGGCAGACUAGAGGCCAUCAAAUUGACGGGCGACAUUAACGUUCCUAGAGGAGAAUAUACCUGGAUUGCGGAGGAUAUCGGACCGAAUGGGCUAAUACGUGUAGCAAAAGAGCAAAUGUUCGACGGAGCAAGAACGGUCAGAAGCUGGGGUCAUAUCGCUGGAAGAGGGUAUCGGGAUGACAGAUUCAUAUCGUCGCAGUUGAUCAUGAUCUCUCAUGACUCUCUGGCACAAUAUUGGGAGGAUUUCGGCCACAUCUCUUUCUAUAAAAGAGUUAACAUCGAUGACUGUCUGACCGAAUGA